AUGGGAAAUGAAGAAGAUUUCGACUUUGCAGAUGAUCAUACAGCCAAAGACAAAGGCAAUCAAUAUUUUACUCAACAGGAUUAUACCUCAGCUGCUCGAUGUUAUACCAAAGCCUUAACGCUAUGCCAACACAAGCAGUCGACUGAUGCAAGCAUUUAUUAUAAAAAUCGUGCUGCUUGCUAUUUAAAAUUGAACCAAUAUCAAGAUGCAAUAACGGAUUGCAAUGCCUCAUUGGCCAUUACUCCUAGCGAUACAAAAGCUCUAUUCCGUCGUUGCCAAGCUUUCCAAAAAUUAGGUCAAUUAAAGGAAGCGUAUCAAGAAGCAAGAAAGCUCAACAAAUUAGACUCAAAAAAUCAAGCUGUGAUAGAUAUGCUACGCCAACUUAAUAUACAAAUGACUUCACAAUCCCAAGCUUUAGGUAAAACCAGCACGAAGGUACAACAAAUGCUAUCAGUAGUUCUGAACUCUUCUAGUACCAAUGACCAAAAGAUGAAGGCUCUUAAUAAUUUACGCGUAGUAGCCAAGGAAGCAGCUGGUUCUGAAUUCAUAUUUCGAGAAGAAGCAACUUGGAAACUGCUAUCAUCACUAGAUAGCGAAACAGAAGAAGUAAAAUCUUCCAUUGUUAAACUUUUUAUACGCAUUUGUCAAGGUCAUCGAAAUAGGAUGUCUGUUGCUCUCAAGGAAAUGACUAAAUCAAGAUUGCUCACGAUGUUAUCGUCGCCAGAAGAAGAUUUGUGCCAAUCAAUCGCUUUAUUCCUACAAACUGCUCUGACUACAUUAACCGGCUGCGACGACAAUCCGGCAAAGAUUCCCAAUGAAGCUAUUGUAAUAGAUAACAAAGUGGACAUUGAUGAGUUACUUGACUUGCUAAUUCAUGCAAUGACGAAUCAAAGCAUUACUAUCAGUGGUAGAAGCGCUGCUAUUAAUGUUGUGGUAUAUGCAAUUCCCGAAGCUGGCAUGACGAAAACGUUCAUCGAAUGCAAAGGACUAAGCAAACUCUUAAAAGUCGCAGCAGACUCUGCUCCAUAUUUUAUGAUUGACACUAGUGCUUCCAAAGAUCAAAAUGAAAAUACAACAUCUGAAUGUCAAAUGCAUGUAUCAGUAGCUUUAUUCCAGUUGUAUAAAUCGCUCCGAGAGCAUAUGCAAUAUAGCAACGAUAUUGAUAUGAAUAUUGGAGGGGUCAUCGCUCUAUCUGCACUCCUUGUUGGAGUUAGUGAGGUUGGAAUCGAAAUUGCGUACACAGACAGUAUCCUUCAGAAAUUGUUUGAAUUAAUUGCGUCGAAGGACUUGGCUGCGAAAUGCGCCGCUACCGAAGUUUUCACUCAUAUAUGUUCCGAUAAGAAUAAAUGCCUGGAAAUUAGAUCGCAGAUCUUUCCGUUGAUGAAAGUGUUUUAUGAGAUGAAAAACAGAAAAAUACGCAUUCGGGCUCUAGUGGGUUUAUGUAAAAUAGGUCUUGUUGACGCCAGCGAAGUAAAAGAUUGGCUUCCGGAAGAAUCCGUACUGGAAUUGUAUUCUAUUAUUAGAAGUUAUCUAGUGGGGGGAGAAAGGAGUUCGGAUCUAAAGAAAUGGUCUAUAGAAGCAUUGGCCCUAAUUACUCUGGAUGCUGACGCUAAGGAUGCUUUGGUCUCCGAUACAGAAGCUUUAAAGAUUCUAUUCAAUAUGGCUAAGACUAAAGAUAUGGCAGUAACAUUUGGAAUUGCUUCAACAUUAGUAAAUGUUACCAAUAGUUAUGAUAAACCGGAAAAAAAUCUUGAACUUGAAGAGCUUGCUAAAUUUGCUCAAUAUAAAAUUCCGAAAGUUCACGAAAAGGAUAGUGAAAAAUAUGUCGAAAAAAGAAUCCUAACCAUGAUAAAGAACGAUGUCGUAGUGACUUUAGUCAACCUGGGAUUAGAUGAAAAGUCUGAUAACUGUAAAGAAAAACUGGCAAGAGUAUUUUUAGCCUUAUCCACUGAGCCUAAACACCGAGGUGUUAUUGUACAGCAAGGUGGGACAAAGAUUUUGUGCUCACUAGCUUUAAGUGGCACAGAUAAAGGAAAGUCAUUGGCAACUCAGGCGAUCGCAAAGAUAGGAAUUUCAAUUAAUCCUGAAUUAGCAUUCUCUGGGCAAAGAAUAUUAGAAACUGUCCGCCCUUUAAUUGGAUUACUUUCUUCAGAUUCUGGAAUACAACAAUUUGAAGCUUUAAUGGCUUUGACUAAUCUAGCUCAAGUCAAUGACACUGUUAGGAGAAAAAUUAUGGCGGAAAAGGGAUUUACGAGUAUUGAACAGUUGAUGUUUGACGAUCACGAACUUAUAAAGAGAGCGGCUACAGAGGCUAUGUGUAACCUAGUCAAUUGCGAAGAAGCUGCAGAAAAAUACUUAAACGAUAAAACAGAUCGCGUUAAGCUGCUGACUUUGUAUAGUGGCGAAUCUGAUUUUGAAUUAGCUAGAGCUGCAAGUGGUACAUUGGCAAUCCUGUCGUCCAAUGAAAAUAUUUGCAAGCAGAUUAUCCAGGUCAAACCUUGGCUAGAAAUCAUGCAAGAACUAUUACUUUCUGAAAAAUUAGAAUUACAGCACAGGGGAAUAUACAUUGUUGCAAACCUAAUUGAAGCGAACAAAGCAAUAGCUAGCGAAGUUGUAGAAAGCAAGCUCUUGGAAGUUUUAAUGGUUCUUUCGCAGGAAACUGAUAUAAAUAAAAAAGAAAUUGUAGCCAACGCUGAACGUGGUUUACUAAAAGCUGUUGAACUGGGAUUGAUAAAACGAAAUAAGUAG